UAAAACUGAGUGCUGAUACCCUGUACAGCUGUGAGUGUUUCCCGCUUUGCUUCGUUUUUUGCAGCGAUGGGUGGCUAUGGUAAUGGGCCACUGUUACGCGGCAUUGUUGUUUGAUCAAUGGGUUAGUCAUAAUUUGUUGGAAUCCGGUUGUGGGGGGGGGGGGAGAUUUUACUAGUCUGUGUGCGUGUUGGUUGAUGAUGGUAAUGGUGUGGAGUUUGAGGGUUAGUGACGUGGGUGGGCUUUGUGGUGUGUAAUGCCCCUUUCCCUGUGGGUUGUUCUAUAUUUUUGGGGGAUGAUGGUUUGAAAGGGUUUUGAUGCGAUGGAGGGAUUGCCAGAACAGAGAGUUAUUUGCCCGGAAACCCGCAGUGCAUCGCAUCGUGCGUCCUCUGCCAGCCCCAAGAAGGUUCCGGAUGGUUUUGUGUCGGAGGUGACUCCGGGCCAGAGUCGGGGUAGUCCAUGCUCACCUUCAACUCGGCGUAGCCCACAUGGUGUGGUGCAGCCGAAAACGUCGCCACUCCCGGGCCGGCCCUUGAGGCGAGCUUUGCUGGCUUCUCCCUCGCGAUCGGGCAGAAAUGUAUCGGAUGGGGGAGUAGCCAUUGACAGCGAUGCUGUGAAUCUGGGCAAUAAUGGCGGCCCACAAUCUAAAACCUCCCGCAGCAGCAGAACGUCCACUUUAGACUACAUGAGCCAAAUCUUCCCGGGCCGCAGAAAUGAGAUCAAUCAGCUGCUGAAUCUUCUGGGGCGACCCUGUGACCUCAUCCCACCUUUGUUUGUGUAUGGACCAGCUGCGACUGGGAAGACUAGCAUAGUGCGUGAGACAAUGAGAGUUCUUGGGCGCCCUCAUGCAUAUGUGAGUUGUCGAUCAAGUCACACGCCACGGCUUAUGUUUGAAUCCAUGCUCAAUCAGCUCUUGGGCCAUGUUCGAUCGGCUUCCAACAACUAUGGGAGUGCGCGUAAAUGCGAAAGACUGAUAGACUUCACGAAGCAUUUGCCUGCAGCUUGUGCACAGGCCUUGUCUCGUAAGAGCUCCCAUGAUGCGAGAUUUCGAUCUGCCAAUAAGAACGCUCCAAAGGCAGCCUGCAGAACAUCGUGUGCGAACGUUGAUGACACGGUUUACUUAAUUUUCGACAACGUGGAGCUGUCACGUGGGUGGACUGGCGGUGCUCUACUUCUGGGCGCGUUGUUUAGGCUUUCAGAGUUGACUAGAUUGUCAAACCUGGGGCUUAUAUUCAUUAGCAGCGUAGGUCUUGAUGGGUAUCAGGCGUCCAGCUUGUCUCGGGAGCCACUCUCCAUGUAUUUUCGCGAUUACAAUGAUUCUGAGCUUAACCAGAUUCUCCUUCUUCAGCGCCCCAACGUUGACCUUUAUGCUUCAUUUCUGAGUGCUGUUUUGAAGACAUUUAGUCGGGCAUGUCGACGUGUAACGGAGCUUUCCAGGAGUUUAGAGCCUCUGUACGAAAAGUAUUGUGAACCUAUGCUUCGGGGGGCAACCACACCUGACGACAACGGCAAGCGGCAGCGAUAUGCAAUGCUGCAGCCUUACAUUCGGCCAGCCCUUUCUCAAACCCUUAUCAUAAAUUCCUCUACUCCAGGGCCAAAGAGAAGCAAAAUUGAUCAAUCAGGCGGAAACCUAGCACGUACAAAGUCCACUCCCAGAAGGACUCUAUCGUCUGGAAAAGACGUACAGGACAUGGCUUUUGAGAUGCCACAAUGCAGCAAGUACCUCCUGCUCGCUGCCUACAUAGCCUCACGAAAUGCUGCUACACUGGAUGCUGCACUGUUCGACGCAGGGGAUGGUGCUCGGGGCAGCUCUCGGAAGAGGAGGAAGAAUUCCUCUUCAGCCAUGGAAAGAAAGGAGGCUGAGGCUCAUGAGCAACAAAUGAAGGGGCCUGGCAGCUUUCCACUUGAGAGGCUAUUGGCCAUUUUCCGCUGCAUUGUUGUUGAAAGUGAUUCUGCUCCUAGCAAUGGGUUUGGGUCCUUCCAUUCUGGACCUCUCUUCAAUGGGAACCUUGAAGAAGCAGAGGGGGAUGGUCACAUGACAGAGGAGCUCUCAGCGGACGUCCUUAUGCAGCUAUCUACCCUCGUUAGUGUGAAUCUUUUGUCUAAAAGUUCUACUAACCCUCUUGACGGCAAUGCUCGUUAUCGCUGCAACGUAGAUGGAAACCUUAUUCAGAAGGUUGCAAGGAGUGUUCAAUUUCCUCUCUCCAAGUAUUUGCUUCACGGCUAAUUAUAAUGCGCUGAAACUCGAUUACUUCUGGUGACAUAAAAAGUGCCUUCUUUGAAAGACCAUGUUCACCAGUCUGUUAUCAUGUUAAGUGGUUUGUUCUGAGCAGAUGAACAAGAUGUCCAAGAUGUCUUUUCAUGACUUUUAAUUCCAUUUGCUUAGGGACAUGGACUUGGUCCAUGGUGACGGCAUGCUAGUUAUCAUAGUUUCUUCUACACUUGAAGCUUGAGUUUUACAGGCCUUAAUCCUGAUGCAUCUUCAAAAUGUUUAUCAGGAAUUAUUAUGGCCUAUUGUGUGUCUCUGAUUCAAAUACAACUACAUCAUGCUUUGUGCCAUGGUAACAUCCACCUCUUAAAACGAAAGAUGGUAUUUGUUCA